AUGAACGAACAAGUAAGUGAUAAUGAAUGGAAGAAAUUUUUCACCGCACAAUGGAUAAUUAACUUAAUUUUAUCAAUAACAUUUAUCACCAUAAUAAUAUAUAAAUUAAUAAAGACAAGAGAUUUCAAAAAUAUUAUAUUAUAUUUAAUAGCAUUAAGUUUUUAUUUUGCAACAAGAUUUACAGCAUCAGCUUUAGCUAUAGUGUAUUUAAACAAAACCGGAUAUGAUACUAGAGGUUAUAGUUUAUAUGCAACUACUUAUAUUUUUCAAGUUAUGGGAUUAGGAUUAAUAAUAAUUUGUUUUAGUUUGUUGAUUAAACACUUUCAAGAAAGGACAGAGCAUGAUAAAGUUGUUGAAGAAAAAACCAAUAGUGCUUUUCAUACUCGUUUGAGAAAUUCGUCUUCUACAAAUUUUGUUGAAAAAAACUCAAGUGAUGAGACUGACAUUGAAAAUACUCCAAUUCAAGAAGCUUUAUCAAAAGUAGAAAAAAGCAAAAUUGAUAGAUCAGGAUGGUUACAAUUUUUAAUCAUUACAACAUAUACAUCAAUCUCAAUAAUUUUGUACAUAACUGGUCCAUCACUUUAUGCAAGUGAUCCGUAUGAUGCAAGUGAAAGUUUAACAAAAGUCAUAUCCAUCAUGUACAUUAUUUCAACAGUUUUAAUGAUUUUGUUUUCCAUUAUAUAUUCACUAAAAUGCAGAGACUAUAGACUUUCAAUUUUGUUGGUAGGUUUAGCAUCAAUCAUUUUAUUAAUUGAAAACAUUUAUUUGGUAAUUGAUGCUUUUCAAGCAACAGAUGGAAGUUACAAAUUGUUAGGCUCAAAUGCAAAAAUGGGAAUUUUCACAUUAUUGCCACAAGCUUUCUCAACCAUUUUGCUUGAGAUUGCAUUUUUAUGGUGGUAA